AUGACCAAGGGUGUUCAUCCCAGACGCUUGCCGAUGACGAAUUGCGAUCAGAGUCAAAAGGAUGCACACAUACUCAAGUCCAGCAACCAAACACAUGAACUACAUGAAUCUCCGGAGCAACGGAAGUUCCCCGACUCGAACAACGACGUGGAUCUGCCUUUCACUACAUCAGAUGCAUGUACACCAACAUCGCUAGAGGAGCUUUUAGACUUGGAAAUGGGUUCUGCUGUCGCUCUUACUCCUUUGAGUAAUCAAAAAUUUAGUCUAUUACAGGAAGAAGAGAAGCUCGAGGGCAGCAUCGACUUUGUUUCUCUAGAGGUUCUGGCUAUGCAAAGUCCACACGGCGAGGCUAAAGAGUGGAAUAACAAGAAAGAUAAGCAGAACGGAAGUUCAUCUUCCCAUCGUCCAGAAAACUCUCCGCAUCGAAAAUUUGGAAUGCUUUCUAACGCUCAAAGGACCACACCGCUCAGCACCGUAUCACCGACGGAGUCUGAAUCAUUCUUUUCAACAUCUUCUAGCCAAUUUUUGACAGAUGACGACUUCGGUUUAUUAUCUCCCAUGUCGCUUCCCGACACGCCAUCGCGAAGUCGAUCAAAAUUAGCUCUUCCCUGGAAUCUUGAGCUAAGUGCACCACCUAUCGAAGUUGCAAUUACAAAUGAAGAAAGCUUUUGUCAUCUCAGGCAAUGUAACAGUGACCAAGGAUCGAACCGCCGAGCCUCCUCAAGUAUACUAAAACCUAGAGCCGCUACACCAAACCCACGAAAUCACAGAGAUUGUGGAUCGGGCGAGACUACUUUAAGACUGACAAGAUCAUCACUGCCAACCUUACCUGAAAUAAGGAUCAAGGCUCGACAUGGGGGAAUCUACUCACUGCUGCUUAAAAACCGGUCUUUGAUACAGGAACCCAUUCUUCUUAAGGACGCACAGAACCCUGAAGAAGUGACAGCACUACCGUCCGAAUCCAAGGAUUCGCCCUCUCAACCAUUUGGCAAGCAACGACAUGGUGGCAUUUACAAGAUGCUUCGAAAUGAUUAUGGCCUUCAUCAAGCCACUUGA